CUGUAAGAGACUCUCCUCGCUUCCAAACCAGACACUCGUCUCUUUGAGAAAGUUCAACUCACUCUGAACUCAACCCUCCAAACCUUCACUAGACUCCUUAACGACCUCAUCAUGGGAAAGACCACCCUCUUCGUUGCUGGCUUUGGCUCCUUGAGAGCUAAGGAGCUCGCUUAUGAAUUCGAACGUUACGGUCGUCUGGUUAGAUGCGACAUCCCAGCCGCCAAAAGCUCGACUGCUAAAUCAUAUGCUUUUGUUGAAUUUGAGGAUGAAAGAGACGCGGCCGAUGCGUAUUAUGAAAUGCACGGCCGUCGUCUUGAUGGCGACACGUUGAACGUCCAGUGGGCCAAAAAUGCCCCGUCGUCUUCCUGGCGUUAUGAGCGUCGUGACCGCUCCCCUGUCUAUUCCCGUCGCUCUUAUAGAUCCCCCUCCCCCUACCGAGCGCGUAGCAGUCGUCGCUCCCCCAGCCCUUACCAUAGUCGCACUUCUCGCCGUAGCCGUAGUCCAUUACCUCCUAGACGUAGCCCGACUCCCCUUGACAAGAUUGAUGACAGGGACAGGUUGCCGAGUGAACGUCUCAAGGAUCACAAGGACGAGAGGGAUGACUACCAUCACUCUCGUUCGGCUCACAACCAUGAUGAUCCCGUAGAGAAGGGUGAACGAGCCAUCACCCGCUCCCCCAGAGAUGCCUGAAUAUCAGACCUCUACAUCCCCCACAGAAAAAAAAAGUCAAAACAAUGCUUGUCGGCUCAAAGAGCUUCUCUCCUCUCCAUACUUGGUAGUAAUGAAAUAUGUUUGAUUCCCUUUUUUCUAUUGGAAAUCUCAUCUUGCUCCUUGUUGGACGUGUUUUGUGUCAAGUGCUCACAAUGUUCUGAU